AAAGCGAACUCUGCACAGCUCUCCUCUUCCUCUUCCAAACCAAAGCUCACAAAAACGAUCUCACAAUCUCAACAACAAGCAACCACAUACAACAACAACAAUCACAAAAAUGAACCGCCAAGUCGUCAAUGCAGCUCAAUUGAACCAAACAGGGGCCUCCUGUUUGGCUGCCAAUCAAUUGGAAAAAGCUCAGAAAUGCUUCCAAAUGGCUCUGGAGUCUGUCACCUGCUCCUCUCUCAAUGCCGUCCAACCACACGCGGACAUGAAAGCACUCAUGUUGUCCCAAGAGCAAAGCUCCAGAAGAUGCCCACAGGAAAAUGAGGGUUUCAUCUAUUCCAAGCCAUUCUUCUUCAAUCCUGAAGCGACCAUCACAGAAGAAGAUGUUGCUCCCUACGGUGGAGUCAUUCUGUUCAACCUUGCGCUCACUUACCACGAAAGGAGUCGAACCGUUGGAGAAUCAUCUCUCCAUGUUGCCUUGCGAUUGUAUGAAAAGUGCAUAUCCCUAUUGAAGCACGCUACAUCCUUCGACUGCUCCAAUGUUAUUAUCGCUGCUCUUAACAACCAAGCGCGCAUUCACGAGGAACUUUUGGACUUUCAGAAAGCUAGCAUGCGGUUCAAGCUGUUGGCCGAUUUCCUGCAUCGAUCUGACGUUCGAACCGAUACAUUGGAACAAGAAGAUCUGCAAGACAUCUUUCUGAAUCUUUUCUUCUUCAAGAUCCCCACUUGUGCUGCCAUGGCAUGAUGAUUUUACAAAGUUUGGUCAACCCAAUGACUAAUGAUAACAACAACAUGUACCUAAAGUGCUAUAUAAAAUUUCAAAGCUUCUAAUGAGAACAAUCUACUACACAUCUUUCAUACAAUUAAUUACUAAGAUAGCAAGUUGGUGUUUUGCG